GGUUUCGUUCUGCUUGCAGCAGAAUGGGUCGCUCAAGUUGGAGCAAGUUUGUUUUCCGACCGCGGCGGCGAGUAAAACUUUUCUGAUCUGUCCCGUAACGUAACUCGCCGUUCGUGCGACAUGAGCCGAGCGCUGUCAGCGCUGUUGCGCGCACUGUGCGUUCCAAGAUAUGCUGUCGUUGGUCAUUGGUACACGAGCAGAACUUUCGCAUCAGCUGGUUUAUGGGCUUCAACGAAAACAACAGACUGGAACCGUGCUGUGUCGAAUGCAGAGAAAAUCGUCGGCUAUCCCACGUCGUACUUUAGUUUGCGAUGUCUGCUCAACGACGAAACGUCCAACAUUGCAUUCCACGUGCGGAAGCUGAUCGGCACCAACCACCCGGUACUGAAGACAGCAAAGCGACUGAUAUACAAUGGACGCACCAAUAUUCAGACAAGGGGCCUCAUUGUGCUGCUGCUGUCAAAGGCAGCUGGACACCCAAGUACACGGCAAGACUGCCUCGAGGAAGAGCGUGUGGCAGGCAUCACACAGCGCCAGAGGUCGCUGGCUGAAAUCACCGAAAUGAUCCACACGGCACACCUAAUUCACCGAGGGGUGCUGAACCUUUCAAAUGACCUCUUCCCCGAUGCCACCACGCUCAAGGACUUGCAAUUUGGCAACAAGAUAUCCGUCUUGACGGGGGACUACCUUAUUGCCAAUGCCAGCAAGUCCCUGACGGAUCUGAAGAACUGCAAGGUGGUGGACUUGGUGGCAACAGCCAUAGGCGACUUCAUGCAGUCGGAAUUUCUGGGAGACCACGACCUGCAGGGCAGCCCUAUUCCUAGCCCCGGCAUGGGCAUUGCCCAGUGGGAGGAGAAGAACUACCUAUCCACAGGUUCACUCAUGUCUAACAGCUGCCAGGCCACACUGGAACUUGCAAGCCAUGAACAGGACUUCCAAGAGCUUGGCUUCGAGUUUGGCAAGAGCAUUGGACUUGCGUGGCAGGUUCAUUCCGAUCUGCAGCCAUUUGUUGACACAUACAGGCAUCCUCCCGGCAUGCCAUUUGUACUGACGUCGGCACCAGUUGUUUUGCACCUGGAAUCGGAUCCAAGCCUUCUUGAAGAGAUUCGCAGCCACAGGGACAACGUUGAGAAGCUGGACUACCUGAAGGUUCACAAUGCUAUUGUGAAUGGAGAUGGCAUAGAGAAGACAAAGGCACUUCUGGAGUCCUACACGUCAAGAGCACUCACUGUUCUCAACCAAAUCCCUCCUUCUGAAGCAACCACUGCCCUGCGGAACAUUGUGCAAGCUUUGAGAGAGUAACAUAGUUUUUGUGUUGACACUGACGCAGCUGUAACUGUAUUGACUCACACUGUACGGUGCUAUCCGUGUCGGGUGCUCGCUUAUCUUUUGUUUUUUCUGGCAAGCCACUGCACAAAUGAGAAGAGGCUUCUAGCAGAGAUAACACCAGAGCACAUAUCAGCUGCAGUUAUUCAUCAUGACGACACAAUGUUCAAGUUGCUUUCAUAGCAACAACUAUAAUCUACGACAGUAACCUAGUGCUGCUUGUUAAUAAGAAGCUUAAAGCACAGAGGCAUAACAAGCCCGGUUCUCAGGCAAUAUGGUGUGUUCAAGCUCUUCCAUGCUCUGUUACAAGUGUCUGUGUCACAAGCUUGAAAAUACUAAGGGUGCUUUUGAGUUUUUUCAAAGCCGUGGUUCAUAAACAUAGGAAGUAACAUCAUCACCCGAGUGAAGUACAUCUCCUCCUCUUUUCAUAGGAGCAGAUGUGAAUGCUUAGCAUUCAUAAUCCUUUUCUGGAUUAACCAGACAGAGUAUGUGCUCUCCUAGUAAACUGCGUGCAUUUUCUCUACGGCGUCUAUACAGUCCAUAGGCAACUGUUAGAUGAAAUACAAUGCAGCUGCAGAAGACAUGACUUUGUAGAGUAGCUUAUUAUAGUUCUAGGUUGUCAUGUAAAUAUAGAUGCUUCUGCAUCAAUCUCGCAACUAGCACCUAGAAAUACAAGAUAGAAAAAAAGCAGUGUUAUAUUACUGCAGCAGAGACUAAGUUAUAAAUGUGCUGACAAUCCUGAAGAAUGCAGCAUACUAUUUCUUCAACUGCCAAUCUUCAUUAUUGAACUGCCUUCACUGUUUGCAAAGUUGCCUUAAGAGCACCGCAUCUGCCUUGUAAAGACAUUCUCUCUAUAUUGGAGGCACGAGUUACGCAGCUAUGUGUGUUACUGUUAUCCUUGCCGCUGUAGUAGUUUGUUACAUGCUAAAGCAGGACUCUUACUUUGAGAGCAAGUAAUUCUUGGAAAUUGAAAUUUUCACAAAACAAAGAGAAUGUAAAAUGAAUGGAUUAAAAUUAGCAGACUCAGAAAACAGUGAAAUGUAGUUGCUAAACAAAUUAGAAGUCAAUUGUCCGUUUUACUGGAAAAAAUACCGUGUCCACAUAUGGCUGUGUGGUCACCAUGACGUAUCCGAUGAGUGUAGCAACGAAAUGGGAAACAACUGCACGGAACAAGCACUGAGCUUGCAUAAUCAAGUUAUUGCUGCAUACGCACAAACAAAAAUGAGUAUUAAAAAAUGAUAGCCCUUUGCAUGGGGAAAGAAAUAAUGACUACCAAAUUAGUUCUGUCAAUAACAUCGUUUGUCUACUAAGUCAGCCUGCUCAACAUAUUUGGUCCACACAUGAUAAAUGUUGGGCUAUGCAUGCAGGUAGGUUUUUUUAAUACUUGUUGCAUACAUGCAUGCACUGAGCUCCUGGUUUUAAGUUAACUUCCUGCCCUUUGUGAUUCUUUGACUGUUAAGUUUUAUUCUCUUCUCUCUAGCAUUACAAUGAAUAAACUUGCCAAGUUUAGAUCUAGUUGUGAUACACAGUAUUAUUACUUUUCUAUCAGUUCAUGUGUUACUACUUGCAUCAAUAUGCCAAUUCAGGGAUUGAAUACCAGCAUUUUCCCACUGUGUGGUAGGUAAACUGAAUGGCAGUUUCCAUCAGUGAUUUGACAAGGGUCAAGCAGGGGUUAGAAUAGAAAACUGUUUUGACCUGCUGUGUCUUAUGUGUUCAAGGAAAAAUAAAUAAACGAUGAAUGCAUUUCGUGUUGUUUCA